AUCUCAAGCUCGCAACCUACGAUGAAAAAAGUGUGGAGGCGGGGCGGCUCGCGGGAGUUCAACUUCUACUUUUACAUUAUCUCUGCUUUAUGUUUACAUCACUUCUUCUCUUCUUCUUCUUCUUCUUCUUUUACAAGUUCAUAAGUAUUUCUCUGUGCUUCUUUCAGAUCCUGACGACCUUCGGCUUCUCAAGUUUACAAGGAAUCAAAGGAUGGGAUUCUGGAAUUACUAAUACCAUAUACCUUCACAAGCUCAGUAGUCUUAAGCUUUGAAGAAGACAGAUUCUAGGAAGAUCCCUGACUGAGAAUGUCGAGGUUUCUAGGAGUGUUCAGAUUUUUCCUUUGAAGUUAAUUUCAUCUGUGAAAUUACACUACUGUAGAUUAGAGCAGGUGAUGGAAAUGGCUGUUUGUAAUGCAAAAGCUUGUUUGGAAAAGAAAAGGAAAAGAAAGAGGAGAAGGAGGGGUAACACCACUAGAGGCGAUCACCGAGGUUGUGAUCCUGAUGAAUAUGAUGCUUCAACAGAAAAUAAUGUUUCUCAAGAAUCUCCAAAAAAAAUGUGUUUAAACAUGAAGCCAGAAAUAGGACAAUCUCAUUUUGAAGUAAAUAUACUAGGGGAAAAGAAUGAGAAGAAGCACGAUGAUUUACCAUGUGGAGAAGCAUCUGGAAUGUCUGUCUUGACCCUAUUGAACGUUGAAGUUCUUAAAGAAGAUGAUGAAGCAUCUACUUCCCCAAAUGCAGAUGUUUAUUCAGCAGAUGGAAAGGAAAAUUCUUUAGUUCCCGAGGAUCUAGAUGGGAAAGGUACUAAUAUGGUUAAACGAGAUGAUGAGCAUACAGAGACUGUAGAUCAUUCAACUCCUUCGAGCCAUAUCAAAACCCAAAGGAUAAGGAAAAGAAAGCGUCGUCGUGGAAAGGGAAGGUCCUUAGAGUCCCCUAAAAAAAAUUUGGAAACCAAUGUGGAGGACGAAAAGAAAGAUUCUCUAUUGAACCACCCUCAUGAAGAGGAGACAAAUGACCACCUUAAAAAUUUUGUAACAGAAGAGGUUACGAAUGGGGCUUUGUUGGAAGAAUCAGUUGACUGCUCAAUUAGUGAAAAAACAGAGUUGUCUGCAAAUACGAAGGAAAGCUCUAUGGUUAUUGCAGAUCCUCAUAGGUCCAAGGAUUUUGAAAAUGCUACCAUGAUUAAAAUACAUGAUGACUGCUUAGAGACUAAGCAUUGUUUGGCUCAAUCAAACAGUGAUGAUACCCAUGGCAAAACAAGAAGAGUGAGAAAAAGAGGUCGAAGAAGGAGAAAGUUUGCAGGUUCCUUUGAAGGAAGUUUGAAUUCUGAAGUGGAAGACAAUAAUAAAGAUGCUGCAUUCAACUGUUUAAAUGAAAUGCAUGCAACUAGUUUGCAUGAGCAAUCUACCACCACCAAGAUAGUUAAAAAGGUUGUGGCGGAAGAAAUGUCGACUAAGGUUGUGGCGGAAGAAAUGUCGACUAAGGUUGUGGCGGAAGAAAUGUCAGUCGACUGCUCUGUGGGUGUAAUUACAUCAGAUGUGAAGGAGAGAGAGGAAACUUUAAAGAAAAAGAUUCCUCGUUUUUUGUCUUGUGAUGCAACAAAUGGUAACAACAGUGCAACUGGAUUUACAAAGAAAAAGCUUCUCAUACUUGAUGUAAAUGGACUACUCGUAGAUUUUGUUCCAUAUUGUCCACGUGGAUACACUCCGGACUUCGUAAUAUCACGUAAAGCAGUGUUUAAGAGGCCCUUCUGUGACGACUUUCUAAGCUUUUGUUUUGAGAGAUUUGAAGUGGGGAUAUGGUCAUCGAGAACCCGGAAGAACCUGAGUAUGUUAGUUAAGUCUCUUAUGAGAGAUUCCAGACACAAGCUACUUUUUUGCUGGGAUCAAUCGCACUGUACAGCUACAAGGUUCAACACUAUUGAGAACAGUAGGAAGCCCCUCGUUUUGAAGGAACUGAAAAAAAUAUGGGAAAAUUUGGGACCGAAUCUUCCAUGGAAAAAGGGGGAGUUCGAUGCAUCAAACACUUUACUGUUGGAUGAUUCUCCAUACAAGGCCUUGCGGAAUCCAGCUAAUACUGCAAUAUUUCCUACUACGUAUCAGUACAAGGACAGAGAUGAUACGUCAUUAGGACCUGGUGGUGAUCUUCGCACUUAUUUGGAGGGUUUAUCUACAGCAGAAAAUGUUAAAAAAUAUGUUGAACAGAAUCCAUUUGGUCAAAAACCCAUUUCCGAAUCUAGUCCAUGUUGGAAAUUCUACCGUAGGAUUAUAAAUAAUGAGAAGGGACGACGAUGAUUUAGGUGUUCAUUGGCUCUAGUAUGAAGUCUGUUCUAACUUCCAAGUAUAUGUAGCUCUAAUUCUCUGGAGUCAUUUCCGUGGCAGGAUUCCCACAUGCUGAUGAUUAGUUCUCACAAAGUACGUGGCCAUAUUUUUAAGAUUGGUUCACAUGGUUAUUUGCUAUAUAGUAGUUCAUCAUCCGCUGCCAUAUUUGGAUAACCGUUGCUUGUCUUGCAAGAUUAGAAGAGCCUUUUAUCCCCUCUACACAUUUCAUUAGUUUCAUGUUUCUUUGUGGCAAAUUUUGAAACCUAAUCCGGUGAGUACAUAUUCACCGUUUUUCAUAAGGAUAUUUUCUUAUAGUUGUAGGUUACGAGCAUACAGAGAAUAUUUAGAGAUACACAGCUAGGAAUCCAGUUUACUCUAGCCAAUACAUUGCACUGUAUUUUGUAAUUUUUUGAAACGUUUACUACUGGUAGCUGAAAUCUAUUUCUGACAAGGGGAUGGAAGAUUCGUAGUGCGAUGUUAUGACAAGGAUGUAGUUUGAUUCAUUUAGGACACUUUUGCAAUGUACUUCGACGAUUAUGAAGAUUAAUGCUGAACUCUGCAAUGCUUGGUUAUCUCACAUGUCUUUGGAUUUAUAAAAACAAAGAUAUCUGACUUAUAUGCUAUACUUCCAUCUCUUGCUCUUAAAUUUCUUUGUUCAGGUUUUGAGUUCAAGACAUUAUAGAAGCUCGUCAGCAGGAAUUUGAUUUGUUCUGUUGAUGUAAAAGUGAAGAAUUCCUGAAUAUUCCAACUCAUUGCAGGCUUUUGCAUAUGAUACCAAGAAAUAUUGAUUCUGUGGUUUCUGCCACAAUUACCCAGGUGGGUGGCUUGCCAUCAAAAGAAGGGUUCAGCCCUGCAAGAGCUUCCUCUCUUCAAACAGGGAUAAAAUUCAUCCCGAGCUCAUAUUCGAUGCUGUAAAUGAGAUACUUAUCGAAAAAUUAGCUCUUUUUGAUGGGGGUGCUCCUGAGCCAUGGUUGACACCCACAAAGAUCGCAAAGAAAGCCCCUAGUGGGCAAAAUAUUUUGAAACAAAUGUGUUAUGAAAUAGAACAGUUUCAAGCUAAGAAGUUUGAAUGCAACAACUUCGACCGAGACAAGGAUGGCUCAAAAAGCGUUCUGCAUGUGCCAAACAAGGAGUUGGACAGAUUAUCGUGGUAACGUUUAUGAUAUUGUGUUAGAUGUCGAGCAAUCGAUGUCAAAUACUUGGUUAGGCAAAAUAAACCAUAUGGUAUGCAUUGACAAUGGCUAGUUUGCUUGCAUUCUUACUAUUUUUUCAUCCUUGA